GCAGGCAGUGCAAACAGUUCCAACAGUGAGGUGUAGUGGUCAGACAGGUUCCUUGGAAGGAGAGGUUUUUUUUAAAAAAAAGAUGAUGCCUGCAAAUGGAAAUUUGCUGCACAAAGGCAACUGCCGCAAGCCGCUAGGGAAACUGGCUCAGAGGCUGGAGGAGGUGAAGUGUCCCUGGAGGCAGAGUUCCGGCCUGGAGCUUAGUCACAGUGAAGUGGCCAGGCUGGCGACAGACGCCUUGCUGGAGUCCGGCCUCGCCGCCUACAAGCGGGCACUGGCUGGCGAGAGGGAGCUGGGCUUCCUCUCCGAGCUGGAGAUCGCCUACAUCAGCCAGAGGGGCGGAGUGGCCAGGCUGGCCGAGCCCAGCCACAGUGACUGGGAAGCAGGGGACACGCAGUCGGAGCUGACCUCGGGCACCUACUUCCCCAUGCAGUCGGACUCCGAGGCCCCAGUGCUGGACCUAGGCUGGUCCAGAGUUCAGCCCUGUGCCUCCCUGCCCUCAGACACUCAGGUCAUCUUCCAAAGGGACAAGACUCACAGCAUUAAGGACACCAUACGCCAGUUGCUCAGCAAGGCCAAGUCGCUCAUUGCGAUUACGAUGGAUCUAUUCACUGAUGUUGACAUAUUUUGUGACUUGUUGGAAGCUUCUGCUAAACGAAGAGUGCCUGUCUACCUACUUCUGGAUGAAGCUAACCUGGAACACUUUAUGCUAAUGUGUGACGAGCUUGACAUUCAAAAAGAUCAUGUGGUUAACAUGCGGAUCAGAAGCGUGGUGGGAGACACAUACUGCACAAAGUCUGGGAAGAAAUUUAGUGGCCAAGUCCUGGAGAAGUUCAUGAUAAUUGACCUGGAACAAGUGGUGGCAGGUUCAUACAGCUUUACCUGGCUGUCGGGACAGGUGCACCUCAAUUUUGUCACAGUUUUGACGGGACAGAUAGUGCAAGAAUUUGACAAUGAGUUUCGAUGCCUUUACGCAGAGUCAAAACCAAUUGACCGUUUCUCCUGCUCAGCAGAUGAAGAUCUUUCUUAUUACACGUCCAGACUCAGGAUCCUUCCUGAGCACCACAUGGCGAAUGAGAGGCUGGUGGAACCUGUCCAUUCCAAUCCAUCGAGCAGCCAGUCUGGGAGUAGUCCUCGCAGUGUCAUACAGUUAACUGCUCCAGCUACUAAAACAUUCUGGGAACGCCAACAAAUCAGCCCAUGUGCUUCCAAUAACUCUUCUGACAUUGAUUGUAAAAUCAAAGAUAGUGACAAAUCAAGCAAUAACCCAGCCCAUGACCCAUUGGUUAGGCAGAGUGGGUUAGGUUUUUACGAUGCAACUCCUAACAAUGUGCACGGUAUGCAUUAUCCAGUCAACUCUCACUUUCAAAGUCAAGGGGCAGAUGUCCAGCAGAGAAGAACUCCUGUGGUCCCAUCCAAAACAAACAAAAUCUCAAAGGAUGACUUAUCUGAAGCCAGAAACCCAACCCCUCCAUCGUCACCACGACCGUGGCUGGAUUGUUCCCCGAGGCUCAAUCGGAGAGAAUUUCUCCAUCGAGCUGAGGAGUCUAAUAACCCCAGCAAAGAUUUACGCAAACCCUCAGGGGGAUUUACAAGGUCUGGAAACCGACUGACUCUUGGGCACAGUAAAUUAGAAAUGAUGAUGGAAUAUAGUGAUAAAAUGAAGGCCAAAAAUGUAUACAGCCGCUUUCAAUUAAUGAAACAUGGUCCUUAGGCAGAGGUUGGUCUAUCUGACAGCGAUUUCUUUAGAUGCUUUCUUGCAUAAACAUUCUUUGAUUAACCAAAGCUGCUGUGUACGGUGAUGAGCCAGUUUCCUCCACAUUUCUAAUCUCGGGAAAGAUGUGCUGUGUGGUCAGAUAGUGUCAAAUCUGUGGAAUGAGGGCUUCACAGGGUCAGCCUGAUUGAUUACCAUGUGGAUAGUGACAUUGAAGAUAAAGGGUGGUGACAAUGCCGAACCUUUAAAUUGGUAUCUUCACUAAAGAAGAGGCUUUGCGUCGUGAGACAAGGGGGAACUAGAGGCUUAGAUCACUUUCAAUUUGUCAGAAAGCACUUUUGUUUCACUGACUACGCAAUGGCUGUGGUGUCUCUCAGAUGACAAGCAAUACCUUUCUUUGGUUUGCGUAUAUCCAGGAGAGGAAAAUUUGGGCAGACACGUUGCUCAUUGCUAAGAUAAAAGGGGCAGAGCUGGAUGAACACAGA